UUCCGGCGCGAAUCGUCCUUAUCCGUCGCGGCGUCACGCCAACUUCUAGAUGGAUGUUGCUNAACCGCAUUCUCGUGUCAGCGAUUUACAUCAUCGCGCAGUUCCUCGCAGUCUGUCCAGCCUUCGUGGAAGGACGGCAAUCGAGGAAUCUGAAAAUAUUGGAGGAAAUAUCGGGUCACCAUCACGGCACGCAGUAUGCAUCGAUGUCAGAAAAUUACAAGAACAACUCAAAUUUGCCCAGGUUCGCUGACGAAAUCCAGAAUGUGACCGUAAGAAGGGGUAGAGACGCUAUGUUAGCCUGUGUAGUCGACAAUCUACAAUCUCACAAGGUGGCAUGGGUGCGCGUCGAUACACAGACUAUCUUGACCAUCCACCAUAAAGUCAUCACACAAAAUCCACGGAUCUCGUUGAAGUACAAUGACCAUCGCACAUGGUACCUUCACAUAAAGGAGGUUGAAGAGGUGGAUCGUGGGUGGUAUAUGUGUCAGGUGAACACAGAGCCGAUGAGGAGCCGACAAGGCUACCUGGAUGUUGUAGUGUCGCCCUCCAUUCGCACGAAGGAAACCAGCACAGAUAUGGUCGUCCGCGAAGGUUUGAAUGUAAUACUGACAUGUAAAGCUUCCGGAUAUCCAGAACCUUACAUCAUGUGGCGCAGGGAAGAUGGAAAGGACAUAAGUUACAACGGGGAAACCGUUAACUUCGUAGCUGGCGAGACAUUGCAUAUUGUGAAGAUAAGUCGAUUGCACAUGGGAACGUACCUGUGUAUCGCUUCGAACGACGUUCCACCACCGGUUAGCCAGCGCAUAUCUCUUCAUGUUCAAUUUCCUCCUAUGCUCUCGAUACCAAACCAGCUGGAAGCGGCAUAUAUUGGACAGGAUGUCACGUUGGAGUGUCAUACCGAAGCUUUUCCUACCUCUAUUAAUUAUUGGAAGACCAAACACGGCGGUGUGAUCGUCUCCGGCAAUAAAUACGAAGCGGUGUCUACCGACAACGGAUACAACAGGUACAUGAUGCUGAAGAUUAGGAACGUCGGACCCAAAGACUUUGGAUCCUACAAAUGCGUAGCACAAAAUUCUCUUGGUGAAACUGACGGUGACAUCAAAUUGGAUGAGAUCCCAGCGCCAUCAACAACGUCCACCACCAUGCCACCCUACCACGUGACUUCGUCGAUGAAGAAAAAUGGUAGAAACGGUAACAAGAAAUUACAACGACCUAUCGACUACGAGGUCGAGGAAUUGCGAAAUCCAGGUUACAGUCCGGCAUCGAUGAGGCCGCCAGGCGAGUUUCCGGUAAAUGCCCUAAAUCCGGGCGUUUCCCAUCGGGCUCAGAUCAUUCUUCAUCUUUUGGUGAGUCUCCUGUCACUGCUACUUCCGGCCAUCAGAAGGUGAUUCUCACGUCGCGGGAACGGGGCUU